UUUGAAGUGAACGUUGAGCCGCUAUAAAAGAAGGUUGUACUGAUAGUGUAAUCAGUUCAGUUUUGAAUUCGUACAUUAUCACAUCUAAGACAUGUUCUCUAAGGUAUUUGCCAUUUCUGCCUUCUUGGCUCUAGCCAAUGCUGGUCUAAUUCCAGUACAUCAAGCUGCAUCUUACGCUACCACAAAUUUGAUCUCAUCUGGAAUUCAUGGUAUUGGCGCUCCAGUUCUAGCUCAAAGUUAUGCUGUUCCUUCUGUCGGUCAUAGCGUAGACUAUUACACUCACCCAAAAUAUGAAUUCAACUACGGUGUACAAGAUGGCCAUACUGGAGACAACAAAUCCCAACAGGAAGUUCGCGAUGGUGAUGUUGUCAAAGGUUCCUACUCUGUGGCUGAACCAGACGGUACCUUGAGAACCGUCCACUAUACCGCUGAUGACCAUAACGGAUUCAAUGCAAUCGUUACCAGAACUGGCCAUGCUGUACACGCUGCUCCUGCUGUACAUGCAGCUCCAAUCAUAGCAGCUGUCCCAUACGCAUCUCAUGGACUUUACCAUUAGUACCAAAUGUAUUGAUAUAUUAUGCUGUAUAUAGAAUUAGUUAUGUGUUGUACAAAGAAUGUUCGAUAAUGAACCAUAAAUAUUAUGCGAAAUAAAUAAACCUUCAAAGGUAUACAUCAAUAA